UACAUUUUACGUUUCAAUAGACGCAAAUACACACGCAGGAUGAAUCGUGCGUUCUUUUCAGUCGUGAUAUAUUUAAUGUUACAUUUAUCAAAAGGAACACAUCUUGGCCAUGUAAAAUCAAAGGAUAAUGGAAAAAUGUUUUUUAAAACAAUAUUAGUUAAUUACCAGGAUGAAAUUACUUCAUUAAAAAACAAUAUUGCCGCUUUAGAAGAGAGAGUUACGAAAUUAGAGGAGUCGGAAAAAUCUUCUCAUGUUAUGCUAUCGAAUCAAGUUGAAAAAACUGGCAGUGGAAUCGACACAGAUCAUAAAAUAAGUAAAAGGGCAAUUUUCCGACGAAGAAUUCGCAAACCGGAAGUUGCAUUUCAUGCGACACUGACGAAACCUUCUGCUACGGUAAAAAUGUUAGAGACAAUAGUCUUCAACAAUGUCAUAACAAACAUUGGUCACGCAUACAACCAUCAUACUGGGGUAUUCACGGCACCUAUACAUGGAACUUAUACGUUUAACACAGACAUUGUUGCAGAAAGAGGACAUUAUAUUGAAGCAAGUAUUGUCCGUAAUGGUGAAGUGGCUGUUUCAGCAAUCAGUGAUCAUAGAUUUUCACAAGAUGGAAAGCAUUUUACCACGUGGGAUCAAGGAAACGCAGUCGCGAUUUUAAGAUUAAAUAAAGGGGACAAAGUGGCCGUGACAUUACAAUGGCCUGAGGGAAGCCAUGCUAUACACGGUAGAGGAAAAUCAAGUUUCUCUGGAUAUCUACUGAGAUAAGAAAGCACUAAAGAAAACUUGAACUAGACUGUAGAUUUAUUAAUAGAUGGAUGUUAUCUGAACAGCAUCAAACAGGAUAAAAACAACAUGUAGGGAACUUAGGUACUAUAUUAGGUUCUAACGGCACUACAUUUUAACAGUCGAUGGUACGGGUGUAUUAUAGGUACGGAAAGUCUUAUUAUCUUAAGAUAUUGAUUCAGAAUAAGAAAUAAGACAAAUUAAGAAAAAAAGAUGUUACGGAACAUUGAUACGAUAGUGUGUUGUAAAGAUGACACAGCUACGAGCGUAACAAGAUUUAUUUUAUGUACAACAAUUGAAUUAAAGAUAUUUUUAGGAACGGAAACGAGUAUGUAAAAUUCAUUACAAUCAAAUUUAGUGAACAUUACAUUGGACAGUGUGAAUGGAUGCAUUUUACUGACAUUAGCCUUAUUCAGCAAUAGAACGUAUUUUUUAUUAUAGCAAUAAGUGUUUAUUGUAAUGAAAUAUUCAAAUUAAUUUAUCGAUCUCGAAGUUUCACUAUAUGAUAUUUAUGUUUAUUUACGUAUAUUUCUUUAUCCUACACCUAUGCAAAAUAAUAAUUUAUUGUUUACAUUGCAUGCAUUCUUAUUAGUUUAUAUUGCAAAAUGAUAAAGCGUUUUUGACAUGUUUUGGAAGAUAUACCUAUGUUUUACGUGCCAAACUAUUGUAGCGUAGUUUAUAUAAUUGCUUUGAUUUAUACCUAAUGUAAUGAGUUAUAUUUUAAUAAACUUUGAUAUAAAGAAAGGAAGCUGUAUCAUUCAUGUUAUUUAUUUGUUAAACAUAUUGUGUGAAAUGAAUGAUAAGUUUGAAUUAA